GCACGUCUUCAUUUGAUCUUCUUAAAUACAUUUCUUUCCAUUGUACUUCACAGCUGGUCUGAUACUUUUAUUUUGAGCUUCCAAUCAUAUCCUAUCAUUUUAUCACCUUUCAGUUUUAUUCUAAACUUCUACUGCAAUCAUGCACUUCAACAUCCCAACAGCCUCCCUCCUCAUCCUCGUCUCAGCUAUCCUCUCAGUCCACACAUCACCCAUACCUUCAAAUGGCGUAGCACGUAUCGGACGGUCCUCCGGUGACGCUUCUAUCAUCGCUAGAGAUGUCGAAAUUGACCUAGAGAAAAGACGACCUGGCGGCGGAGCUGGACAGGGUGGACAAGGAGGUGCUGGCGGAGCUGGAAGAGUAGGAGCUGCUGGAGCUGGACGUGGCAAUGGCGGAGCUGGAGCUGGAGCUGGAGGGGCAAACGCUGAUGCUAACGCUGGAAAUGCCAAUGGUGGAAACGCCAAUGCAAACGGCGACAAUGCAAACGUUGGAGAUGCCAAUGCUGAUAACGCUGAUGCUGGAAACGCUGAUGCAGAGAAUGCUGAUGCAGAGAAUGCUGAUGCAGAGAACGCUGAUGCUGGAAACGCUGGAAACAACAACAAUGCGGGAAAUGCCAACAAUGCUGGAAACAAUAAUGCUGGAAACAACAACAACGCUGGAAACAACAAUGCUGGAAACAACAAUGCUGGAAACAAAAAUGCUGGAAAUGCCAAUGUGAACGGCGACAACGCUGAUGCUGAAGCUGGAAAUAAUAAUGCCAACGGCAACAAAGCUAAUGCGAAUGGCGACAAUGCCGUAGAUGCCGCUGAUGGGGAUAACGCAGAUACCGGCGCGACGGAUCCCGCUCAAGCAGCUGCUGAUGCCGCUCUAGCUGAGAGUCAGGCCGAGUCCAAUAAGCUGCAACCUGAUGCUUAAUUCCAUACUUAGUUCUAAAAUGGUUUUUGGGAGUAUAGUGGAUAUCGUGGUUAAUGGACAUUGUGGUGCUGAAAGGACGCUGCGCUUGCUGAAUGAAAAUCAAGGUGGGAAUCUUAGGGAAAGAUGUUUGGUGAAAUCGAAACACCCAAAAUUGAAAAGAAAUGAGACAUGACAUGAACCAUUCUAGAUUUAUUCUCUCGCAACUGCGGUCAAGGGGAUGAAUGUUGUGCCUGAUAGUAUCGACAAUAACGAAAUCGGAAUUAAGCUUUCCACAACAGUG